AUGUCGAAUCCCACCACGGCAAGCGCUGCGGCUGGCACCAGCAACCCACCUGCUGCUGUUGCUACUGCUGCUACUGCUACUGCUACUGCUACUGCUGCUGCUGCUGCUGCUGACGACUCUGCUUCUACAAUUACCGUAAACACCAAGGCCCCGUCCGCCAACUUUCCUCCUCCCAAGACGGACAAGCCUCGCCCGCACGUUUGCGCAACCUGCCAGCGCUCCUUCGCUCGCCUCGAGCACCUGAAACGGCAUGAGCGUUCCCACACCAAGGAGAAGCCGUUCGAGUGCCCCGAAUGCUCACGAUGCUUCGCUCGUCGCGACCUGCUUCUUCGCCACCAGCAGAAGCUUCACCAAACAUCUACCCCGUCCUCGCGCCCUCGCAAUCGACGUGAGUCUGCCAGCGGUGCUGCUCCCGCGCAGAGCAGACGUAAGAACAGCGUGGCCGGCGUUAAUGCCGCUGGGUCCGGUGCCGCGGCGGCUCCCAUGCGCCCAAGGGCAAACACCAUCAGCCACGUAGACGGUGCUGCGAUGCAGAUGCUCGCCUCUGCGAAUGUCUCGGUGGCGCGGGGCAUGGCUCACAGCCGCCACCCCAGCCUGGUCGGACUGCCGGUCCAUAACCUGGACCACGUCUUUGGCGGCAUGUCCGCCGCUCUGGGGCAGAGAGGAUUGCAGCAUGGGCUUCCCAAACUGGAGACAUCGCAGGUUGGGAGCAAUGACUUUGACGCCAGUGGGCUGAGGACGGCGCCGCCCAUGGCCGUCUUCAACCCCGAGUUCGACUUUGAGGGUCUCUUCUUCGGCCCGGGAUCUACAAUUAACCCCAACGCUCUACACUACAAUGACUCGCCACAAUCCAUGGCCCUGGACCAGACAUCUCCGUUUGGCCAAGGUCUGCCCGACGUUGCCGCGACGCAGCACUUUGAUGACUGGGUAACAGGAUUUGAGCAUCAAAUGUCAUUCAACACGAACGAGCAUGUGAUAGACGGAUCGAGCCCGUCGGCUAUUAGCACGACGAGCCAGAGUGGGAUUAGCGAUGUUAUGGUAGAUGGAUCAAACCACCCGGCCCCGGCUGGGACGAGUACCAUGUGGCAACCCUCCGUCAUGGGACCUCCGCAGAUGCCGAACCCGUUUGCGAUGGAUUUAAAUGGUUCAGUCUUUCCAGAUCUCCUUAGUGGUGCUCCAUUAUCACCUCAGCCAGCUACUCAAAAGAUCAAUGACCCGUACUUCUCCGCGCCUCCAACUUCGCUGAGCUCGUUGAGCACGUCCGUCGUAUCUGGAAUAAAUUCACAACCGUUGAACCCACCCCUCGGCUUCAACGCCGCCCAGGAAACUCCGUCAUCCCUCAACGGGGGGAACCACGCCGCUUCUCCCGUGACAACCAUAACAGAUGCCACCCGGACUGCUAUAGUGACCAUCCUUUUCCACUGUCUGCCUUUUGGUAGCCGUAAAAACCCCUCACUUUCCUCGCUAGGCUCGCCUCAAAUCCAAUCCGGCGGCAAUUCCUCUUCAAAUCCGGCCAUCAACGUGCCCAGUACCCAGGAUCUCCAGAGAUACGUCAGGGCCUACUUGACAUGUUUUCACCCUCAUCUCCCAUUCCUGCACCUGCCUACACUGUCCUUUGAUGUGUCUCCUGAUUCAAUAGGUCGUUCCAACGGCGCAGGUGGCAAUGGGUGCUUGCUCCUUUCCAUGGCUGCAUUCGGCGCUGCUUACGAGAUGGAACAUGCUCAGUCCAGAGAUUUGUUUGACAUGGCCAAAAAGAUUGUGUUCUUUUAUCUUGAUGAGAGACACAAAUCCGAUGUCCGCAGAGCCGAUACACGACUGAGUACCAUCUCUACUGACUCAAAGGUCCAACAGAACCAAGCUCAAUCCAGCACACCGUUGUGGCUCGUUCAAGCCAUGCUACUCAACGUCAUAUACGGCCACACCUGCUCCGACAAAGUGACGAGUGAUAUUGCGUCGACGCAUUGUGCGUCUCUCGUCAGUCUCGCACAAUCAUCCGGUCUAAUUAGCCAAGGCAAGGGCAACGUGCCAACCAAGCAAGAUGUUGACAUGGCUGAUACCGGAGACUGGACGCGCAUAUCCGAGCAAGAAGAGCAACGAGAGUGGCUCCAGUGGAAGUCGAUGGAGGAACACAAACGCACGGUAUACGUCAUCUUCAUUCUGUCCAGCAUGGCUGUUGCCAGCUUCAACCACAGCCCGGCCUUGACUAAUUCCGAGAUCACGCUCGACCUUCCGUGUGACGAAGAAUUUUUCGCCGCGGAAUCUGGCGCCGCCUUUGCUUCGAGGGGAGGAGUUGAAGCUGCCAACCACAACCGCCUAACUUUCUUCGACUCGUUGGGGGAUCUUCUGCGCACAAAUGAGAGGCAACAUUCCAUGGGCAACAGCCAGCCUCAAUUCGGGUCACCAAUGAACACUACAGAUACCCCUCUGACAGAUCUGAAGCCCAGCACUUUUGGCUGUUUGGUGCUCAUCUAUGCGCUGCACAACUACAUUUGGGAAACCCGACAACGCCAUCAAAACCGGACGUGGACCAACAUAGAAACAGAAAAGAUGCACAUGCACAUCGAACCUGCCCUCAAGGCUUGGCAAAUCGCAUGGUCCAGUAACCCGCAACAUAGUAUCGAACGACCAAAUCCGUUUGGCUUGGGACCAAUGUCUGCAGACGCGAUUCCUCUUUUGGAUCUGGCAUACGUCAAGCUGUUUGUUGAUUUCGGUCCGGCCAAAGCAAAGAUCUGGCAACGAGACUGGGAUGGCAUGAUUGAGGAACUUUCCCGAGGCUUUGAGACGCAAGAUGAAGCACGGUCGCCGACCUGCUCUUCUGAAACUGGGACAGACCCAUCGUCCAACUCGGUCAUAAACCCCGGGUUUAUGGAUUCCCCGGCAACGCAAAGCUCCCUGAACGGCAUGCACGCCGACAAGCCUUUCGGCACCGGUCAGGACGCCAAUGGUACGGGACGAAGCAUAUCAAGACGCGAGAGGUAUCUCAGAACAGCCUCGUUUUAUGCUGUUGACUCUCUAUCCAUGUCGGACAAGCUUGGGGUUACGUUUGCGGAUAAGACUAGCCACGAACUGCCCAUGCAGACUGCUCUAUGCACUGCUGAAUGCGCGCAAGUGGUUGCCGGAUGGAUCACUGCGCUCCAAGAGCGAGUCGGGCCGUACCUCGGUAUUGUGGGCCAAGAUCAUAUCGAUCUCAGCCAGGUUCCAGCGAUUAUUCUCUUGGAGGAGGAGGAUAUUAAGUUGCUGGACAAGGUCAGAGACAUCUUGUCAACAGCCGAGUUGAAAAUCAACAUGCGGCUAGGACCGAAUGCUACAGGCACGAUCGGUGGACACGAGUCUGUUUUAUCACCGGAUGGGUUUACUGGCUAUGCGUGUCAAAUUCUCCGUCUCGCAGCAUGGAUGGUAAACAAAUCGGCCGUCUGGCCUGUGGCUCACAUCGCGGCUCACGGGCUGGAAACAUACGCGAACCACUUGCGAGUGAGGGCAGAAAAGUCCGUGACGGGGUCCAUGCCGCUAACAUUAUGA